ACCACUGCCUGCUUAGGUUGUAGGGCGCCGGGCUGCCGUGCGGGAGGUCGAGGGUUCAAGCGCUACAGAACAGAAUUCUACCCCAAUAUCAGUAUUUACUGAGCCCACAGUUUUAUCUUACAACGCACGAUGUAAACACUCAAACAUCCUGCCCAUUUUGUCCGUCAUCGCGCGAAAAGGAACCAACACUUUCAUGCAACGAGACAAAGAGGCAAGAUACAGUCUGUUUUCUAUGAACAAGUUCCAUUAUUUGAAUGUGCCCAGAGUUGGAAUAUUUUUGGUGUACAACGACUUUGAAUGUGCCUUUAAAUGCCUUCAACAUCCUUCAUGUUUCUCUGUGAACCUUGCUACUAAAGGGAAACUAUGGUGCGAGUUACUGUCAUCUGAUAAGUACAGCGACCCCAAGGAAUUCAGACAAGACAAAAGUUGGCAUUACUUUUACAUUGUGAACACUUCAACUGAAAAUCAUUGCAAGAACAAAGACCCCUAUCAAAAUGAUGGUACCCACACAGCUAACUGUUCUCUGUAUCCUGCUGCAUUUGUGGGUUUGAGGAACUCAACAGACAUUGAUGAGUGUGUCGAAGGUUCACACAACUGCAGUCCUAAUGCCUUUUGCAACAAAACCAAGGAGUCGCACAACUGUAAAUGUAAACCUGGAUAUAUUGGGAAUGGGCGAGAGUGCAAAGGGGUUACAUCGUGUAACGAGAUCCAUGAAAAUGGCAUGUAA